CACCUGUAACGCUCGGUCACCUUGCGCACGUCCCAUUUGAACUAAGGGCACCACCCAUUUCUUAAGGCGGCUGUCAGGCGCAGCUCUGGCUGAGGCGGCGGCUUGGGUUGGCAAACGCCACUGCACGAAUUGCGCGAGACGGUAAGACAUUCCCCACCCCUUGGAAGUCCUUCAAGGAAAAUGACGAUGAAGCUCGGGGUGUGGUACUGCUCGUCCAGCGUUUGAGAAGACAGGUGCUGGACAGGUCUGAGCAGCCGGCUGAGACGCGAGUCGUCCAGAGAGGGGGGGGAGAUGCAGAGAGAGAGAAAGUGAGAGAGAGAGAGAGAGAGAGAGAGAGCCUAUUCAAUGGCACGUGCGUGAGCUUCUCCGGGCACUGGAAUGGGCACAGAAGCAGAAAGACGCUGCAGAGGUAGCGAUCGGUCUUGUCAGGCAGAAAAGGCCAGAUUUACAUAGACAGCAAUGGUCAGUGAGACGUUCCAUGACUGGGAUUCAAGUUCUGAGGAGGAUGUCCUCAACAUUAAUGUAGGUGGCCUCAAGAGAAGCCUCUGCUCCAGUACUCUGAAAAAGUUUCCUGACACCCGACUUGGCCGGCUACUGUCUUGUGAUUCGGAGGAAUCCAUCCUUCAGAUCUGUGAUGACUAUGAUGUUACAGAGAAGGAGUUUUACUUUGACAGGAACCCCGGUCUGUUUCCGUAUGUGCUGCACUUUUACCAGACUGGGAAACUUCACAUUGUGGAGGACCUCUGUGUCUUCUCAUUCUGCCAAGAGAUUGAAUACUGGGGGAUUAACGAAUUCUUCCUUGACACAUGCUGUAGUUACCGAUAUCAUGACCGAAAGCUAGAGGAUCAUCACAAGAGCUGGGAUGAGGAGAGUGAUGUCAGUAGUAUUGACACCUCUGUGGAUGAAAUUUCUGACUUGAAUAAGGACAUGCAGCACUUCCAUGAUGUACGCUGUGGGAAUGUUCGCAAACGACUUUGGUUAACCCUGGAGAAUCCUGGCUACUCUAUUCCCAGCAAGCUCUUCAGUUUUUUGUCCAUUAGUGUGGUGAUCACGUCCAUCACAACUAUGUGCAUCAAUAGCAUCCCAGAGUAUCAGAUACUUGAUGAGGAUGGUAAGGUGCAGGAAGACCCCACGUUACAGAUCCUGGAGUAUUUUUGCAUUUGCUGGUUUACCUUUGAAGUUUUUGCUCGCAUGCUUCUGGCACCUAACACGAAAAAGUUCUUUCUACACCCACUUAACAUCAUUGAUAUUGUAUCUGUGCUUCCUAUUUACUUCACACUGCUGUUUGACAUGACAGUGGGGAGUGACUCAGAGCUGGGGAACUUAGGAAAACUUGUUCAGGUCUUGCGACUGAUGAGGAUAUUUCGAGUGCUGAAACUGGCAAGGCAUUCAACUGGUCUGAGGUCACUGGGGGCAACUUUAAAGCACAGCUACAGAGAGGUAGGGAUCCUGCUUCUUUACUUGGCAGUCGGCGUCUCGGUCUUCUCAGGUAUGGCAUACACUGCCGAGUAUGAAGAAGAGGUGGGGCUGGACACGAUUCCUGCUUGCUGGUGGUGGGGCACAGUAAGCAUGACCACAGUUGGAUAUGGGGAUGUGGUGCCAGUCACCAUUGCUGGGAAACUGGCAGCUUCAGGGUGCAUCCUGGGUGGCAUCCUGGUGGUAGCCCUGCCCAUCACCAUCAUCUUCAAUAAAUUUUCUCACUUCUACAAAAAGCAAAAAGCACUUGAAGCCUCAGUGCGCAAUAGCAACAACAAUUCAGUCCCGGAGUCUGAGAUUGAAGACCUGGACAGUCAUGGUCUGGAGGAAGCAACAUCCACCUACUUUCAAUUUGACCUGGGAACAAUCAGCCCAGCUACUGAUAGAAAAGCAUCUCCUUCUGCUUCAGUUUAAAUAUCUCCUGGUGCCAAACACAUGCUGUCAAAAAGGUCAUGAAGUAAGCUAACCUGAUAACAGACUGCUUUAUCAUAAUUUCAUGAAUAGACGUCCAGAGGAUUUUCCAGCAUGUAAUCAUGUAGAUUCGGUCUUAGGGAAUUCCAGAUCUUUUCAUCAGAAGGAGCUUUUACAUCCUCACAAGGAGUAGAGUUUAGAGAUGAGAUAUAUACCUUUUCAAAGCCACUGAAUCCACCUCAGGGUCAUGGGGGUUGGAGCCUCUCCCAAAAGCAUUGGGCUCAAGUCAGAAACCAGUCUUGGGCAGGGUGUGCCAGUGUCUUGGAGAUUCCAUUUUUUUUCUAAAAUAUACUAGUUCUACAGUAGGAACCUCUGAAACUCCCAGUUGUGUAUCCAUCCAAGAUUUGAAAUGUCACUAGAUAGACACCUGCAGAAGUGGCAGCAGGUUUUACCAGAUUCUAUCAGCCGCCACAAAAGUUUA